ACUGAAGGCACUUCUUCAGGACAGAAAAGUGUUCUUUUCUAUCAAUCUCAGGAGGCUCUUCCCACCAGCAGAGGACAGCUUGCCAUAUCCAACAAGAAGAAUAGAGGGAAGUGAAUUUCAAGAAUAUGAAGAUAGAAAAUUAAAUAUGGUAUAAUAGAAAGAUGGUGACUGAGUGAGCAAUCAUCUUCCCACAGAGACACCAAGUUGAACAGCUAUUCAUUUACCAAAGUAACUUCACAAGAGGGGCAGCAGUGAAGAGUUCCUAAGCAUGAACGCAAACAAUUCAUCCUGGGGAACGGAGCCCACGCCAAUGAAUGGAUCAGACGGGAAUGUUCCUGGAAGUUUCAAUAACAAGAUCCUGAUCCCAAACGUGGUGAUUGUCCUCUCUGCACUGAUUGGGCUGGCAGGAAACACCAUUGUGCUCUGGCUCCUGGGCUUCCGCAUGCGCAGGAACGCCUUCACCGUCUACAUCCUAAACCUGGCCGGGGCUGACUUCCUCUUCCUCUGCUGCCACAUCAUAGAUUCUCUGUUGGUGCUCGUCAAAUUUUCCUAUCCCAACAUUAUCUUCCUCCCCUGCUUUAACACGGUGAUGAUGUUUCCUUACAUCGCAAGCCUGAGCAUGCUCAGUGCCAUUAGCUUGGAGCGCUGCCUGUCUGUCCUGUGUCCCAUCUGGUACCGCUGCCGCCGCCCAAAACACACAUCAGCUGUCAUGUGUGCCCUGCUCUGGGUGAUGUCCCUGUUGUUCAGCAUUCUGAACAAAUAUUACUGUGGUUUCUUGAAUGUCAGAUAUGAAAAUGAUCAGUGUCUGGCAUCUAACUUUUCCACUGCUGCGUGCCUGCUUUUUUUAUUUGUGGUUCUCUUUGGAUCCAGCAUGGCCCUGCUGGGAAAAGUCAUUUGUGGCGCUGGACGAAUGAAGCUGACCAGGCUGUAUGUGACCAUCCUGCUCACGGUGCUGGUCUUUCUCAUCUGUGGCCUGCCCUUCGGAAUCCACUGGUUCCUGUUAAUCUGGAUUCAGCUGGAUUUUAAUGCCAUGUCUUACAGCCUUUAUCUGACUUCAGUUGUCCUGUCCUCUGUUAACAGCUGUGCCAAUCCUAUCAUCUACUUCUUCGUUGGCUCAUUUAGGCAGCAGCUGAAGCAGCAGACCCUCAAGCUGCUUCUCCAGAGGGCUCUGCAGGACACCCCUGAGGGAGAGGAAUGUGGAAGCAGCCUUCCUCAGGGAACCCAAGAGAUGUCAGUAAGCAAAGUGGAGCAGUGACGCAGAGCCUCUGCCUGGCCAUUAGACGUGGCUUUACCAAUGAACACGUCACUGUCAUACUUCACAGUGGUCUGCUCUUUUCUCAGCCUCCUGCCUCUGAAACGCCUUGGUGACCCCUCCAAUGUCUUCAACAAGAUUGUUUUAACCUGGCUUUUGUAGUUUUCCUGAGUAAAAGCAUUAGUCUGGGAGAAGACUUUCUCCAUUCUUUUUGUUGUUAUUGUUCAUAAACAUUUUAUUCCAAUGAAAUAAAUCAAAAUUAGAAAAAGAAAACACAGAAGAUGAUGGAGAAAAUAUACAUAAGAACAGUUUAUAAUCUAAUGUCUUUAGGGACUAUAUUUUAAUCAGUAAAGAUUAAGAUAACUUUUUUGUCUUUUUUUAAUUUAUUUUCAUUGUUGUGCUG